AUGCUUUCCUCAACGAGCAUCCUCUCGCUCUUGGCGUUUACGGGAACUGCUCUCAGUGCCCCUUCGCAUGUCUCCAAGAGUGGGCUCAAGGUGUACACAGCGGGAGAUUCGACAAUGGCGAAAGGCAGCGGUGCAAUUACUGGAUGGGGUGUAUACCUCCCGUACUCACUCUCAGUCCCGGUUGUGAACAAAGCCAUGGGUGGACGCAGCUCGCGCUCCUACACAGUCGAAGGUCGCUUCGACGAUAUCGCCAACCUCGUCCAGCCCGGUGACAUCGUCAUCAUGGAAUUCGGUCACAACGACGGUGGCAGUCUAUCACCCAAAGACAACGGUCGCACUGUAUGCCCUGGUAGGGGAUCCGAGGUCUGUAAAGUCACCUCCGGUGGCAAGAACAUCACAGUACACACAUACAGCUACUACCUCACUGAAGCUGGCAAGGACCUCAUCAAAAAGGGCGCAAAGGUCAUCAUAUCCAGCCCCACCCCUAACAAUCCUUGGGAGGGCGGCACGUUCAGCUACACUGAUGGUGGGCGCUUCGUUGAGUACUCGAGGGAUGUGGCCAAGGCCCUGGGCCCGAAUGCCAUGUAUGUGAACCACAGUGCGUACACUGCCGCCAUCUUCAAGGAGCUCGGGAAGGAGAAGACGGAUGCUCUGUUUCCGAAAGACCACACUCACACUUCUCCUAAAGGUGCAGAUGUUGUGGCCAAGGCUUUCGUCAAGGGGCUGCAGUGUGGUGGUGGCGGUUUCUUGAAGGGAUACGUCAAGAACGCUACUGAGACUAUUGACGGAUCUUGCAUUUAG